GAACUCAGUUCACCGUCUUAGAAUUUUUGUUUUCUUCGAGUUGGGCGGAGAAAUCUGGUUCUAUUUCCAUCUUUUUAUUUCUGUAAGAAGCUCAUGUUUAUCCAUAAGAACUUGAGUUUUUCCCUUCGAAACCUCAUAUUCAUUUCCAAUUAGUGGGCAUCUCUGGCAGAUCUUCAUCGCUUUAAUAUUAUCUUUCUUUUUUAUUCCAUUUUCUUAAAAAAUAUAUUUGAUAUUAUUUCCUUAACGUCUUGAUCAUUUUUCUUCUGCAUUUCCAUUGGCAUGACUAAAACUCGCCAAAAUGUGCGGGCACAGGAUAUCGAAGUUGGCUGUAUACUAUUCCUUCCCAAGUCAAGCUUUACAGGGGAUUUAAAAUGUAUAUGGUCUGAUGUCAAUGGCCAUCCUUGUCAAAAUCACGGAGCUUGUGUUUUGAAGCAGGAGGGGCACGGUCACCCUGUAGUGAUCAUUGGAAAGCAUUAUAAACUGGAUGGGAAUACGUUAGACAUACCUAAGCUAUCAUUUGUUCAAGUAAAAAUCUUUGCAGGACUAGUUGAUGGUUAGCAAAGGCUAACAGGUUACUGAUUAGAUGACUCAUGGUACACCAGAGAGACCUGUUACCUCUGGACCAUCGAUUUUUUCACCCUACGGACAUUAUGAGCGCACCGGGAAUAAUGGGCGACUGACUUUUCCCCGAAGUCUCCGCUCACGCUACUGGUUUCGGGAUAUUGAAUUCCUCCAGCUCGGUCCAGGUAAUUUUCGGAUCCCUCAUGUUUUCUUCGCCUGUCCCGGGAGCCUCGAAACUAUGACCGCGGGUCCUGAGGCACGAGCAUAUGAUUCACGUUUGGAUACAGGAUCUUAUCAGAGGUUGAUGCAGCGACUAAAUCUUGAGCCGAAGCCAUAUGUACUUGAUGGUUACUGGAACCGUGGUUGGCCUGCACUUUCCAACGGCAACUCAACCGAGCAUGAACAACCAUAUUCCCACGCCGAUACCAGUAGGCCUUCAGGAGUUGAACCGGCGGGUUCUUCUAAUCAGCCGCAUGGCCAUCGUAUCGCAAAUCAUGGAUGUGUGGAAUAUAACUUGGAGUCAUACCUAAUAGUACCCAUCCUUGACCCUGCCCCUUCCGGUAACAAUAUUCUUUGAUCUUUUGUUCUGCUAUGAGUACGCGCUAAUCAAUACACUCAACAGGCCGACUUCACAGCGUCAGUAGCUAAUCAUUGAACAAGUCCUGUCCUACAGGCUGAGCAUCGACGUUGAGGAGCAAAAUAUUGAAGUCAAUAUCUAACUUUUGUUUGUAGUGUUGAUGAGGACAAAAUGGCCAAAUCUUGGAGUGAGAUUGCAAUGCUAUAGAUGGAGAUAAGCUUUUCUCGGAAGUGUAUAUUUGGAGGGUGUUAGCGAAUACUUGAAGUUUGGUUCUCUAGACUGCGUUGCUUCUAUUUGAUUGUUCGUUGAGAAUUUCCAGCCCUUACUGUUUUCAAAGCAUCAUUUAAUUAUUGUUUUAUCGUUUUAUAAGCGUUUUGUUACAUGUUUCUCAAGAAUUUUAUCUUUUACAAACAGAAUUGCAAUGUUGAAACUUCUUUAGACAGGAGUCGGGCCACACGAUGACGCGUUCUUGUUAUGGUUCGCAUAGUUAUGGCGAACCAUGAUAGUCCUUCGAGACAGACCCAAAGCAUCUCGGAUUCUCUUGCCCCGUUCCUCCCAAUUUAUAUUGAUGCCCGAAUCAAUACUGUAAAGAUGCGCGUCCUGAAUUUGUCCCGAAAUUGAGAAUGGUUCGAUUGUUAGAUCUACGUCGGAAACUUGAUGGGCCAGGACAAUUUUCCUGUACUAUCAUUGAAAUCAUGGAAGCGUAAAUUAAAAUUGAACAAACUCACGAUUUUCACAUCGAAUAGCUUCAAGAUCGCUUUUCACUUCAAAUUUAUAUCACAUCAAUUCCAUUCAUCUAGCUCACA